CGACGUGUUUGAACCUUCAAGUUGUCCGCCUUGUGCCUCUCCCUCCCUGCCUCGCGGACCGAUCAUUUCUAGAUAGAAAGCCACGUCGGAUCGAUUACCCAGAGAUUCAACUCCCUCGAGAAACCCAAUUGUGCCUCAUUCGACGACGGGAGAAAGCGUUAGUCUGUGUGUGCGCGGCUCUAGUAUCCUACUGCACCCCAGUAGGAGCCAACACAAUAGAAAAUCAUCUGCAAUGCGCUGUCUGAGCCAUGAAUCGGCCAGCCCGAAAGACCUCCGGAUCCUUUUUCUCGCCUUUCUCUACGUGGUGGCCAGCAUAAUUUGCAUUCUGGUCCUACUAGCGCAGCGUCUCCGCCGGCGAGCCUAUAGAUCCUACGCCUACGCACCGCUAGAGAGGCAAAUGAUGGAUCCACCGCCAUCAUCUCCUUCCGAGAAGCGUGGUCAUGGUGGUACGGGUGGUGGUGGCGAAGACGAGCCCGUCGGCAAUAAUGCAGCAGUGGGCCAGGGCCAGGGCCACGGCUACGGCGUAGCCUAUCUCAAAGGCCCAGCCUCCCAUAGCGUUGGUCCAUUCCCAUCCGCCUGUGAUAUCCUGCAGCCCCUGUCCCAUCUGUCUCCCUUGCCUUCUAGUGGUUAUCUGGCUGCGGUUCUGGCCCGGGAGCGGACCAACUGGACAAAGCAACCAUAUCCACCGGAGGAUCAUCUGGUGCCGUCGUCGCUCGGGUGUGCCGCCUCCGCCCCUGGCCAGGACCAUCAUUCAGCAGCACCCACCGCGGCCAUGGAUGGUCGCCUCGGUGACUCGUCAUCUGAGGAAGGGCCAGCUCACGGGGCCAUCGUUGUGUCAGAUCCUCCGCGACAGACCGGGUCUCUGGCGCCGGCCCAGUGGCAUGCCAGCAGCCACGAACAGGGGGUCCCCAGCAUUGCAAACCUUAUCGGGGCCCAACCCUCUCAAAAAUGCGGCUAUGCAGUUCAAUUCCUGCACGAUGCGGAUGAGGAGGGGAUGCGGUCCUGGCGACGGUUGAUGAUCGAGUAUAGCUAGCUGACAGAUGGUCUGAUGUUUUCUUCUUCAAGAGUGAUGCAUUUUGUUUCCUUCCGGGCGUGGCUUCCAUCCUUGAUUUCGAUUGUUUGUUGGCUUUUGCAGUUUCGUUCCAUGU